AUGGCCUUCAGACGAGAUAGAUAUCUCACUAACGAAGAAACAGAAAAAAUAAUAAACAGUGACGCAUUCUAUAAUGCGGUGUCAGAUGAUCAGGACCAUAUUGAUAUCACCGUAUGUCCUCCUGAAGUAGACUGUACGACCGACGAAGAAGAAGGUCCAGACGAUGUUACUGGAACCGUGGAAGUCUCAGAUGUGCCAGCGGCUAUUGAAUUACAUUUUGUUGCAUCAGAGAAUAACGAAGAAACUGUAUGUAAAACUUCACUGCCAAGUACAUCCCAAGUUUCCAGAAGUAAAGUGAAAAAGAGACGUCUUACUGAUGAGAAAAGCAAUUGGAAAAAGACACCUCCAGUUUAUACAAUGCUGUCUCAAACUAUUGAGCAUGACAUCAGCACAAAGAGAAAGGAAUUGAAGGAACAACUUUCUUCCUUGACUCCGAAGGAGAUUUUUGAAAAACUGAUGAACGAAAACAUACGAGUUUAUAGUGAAAGAAACUUUGAAGAAGUGAAGGUCUUUGUCAGAUUUCUUCUUUUUGCUGGCUACCAUAAGCUCCCUGCUGAGAAGCUACACUGGUCUGAAGAUGAAGAUGUUGGCAUACCAAUUAUAAAGACAGCUAUGUCAAGGAAUAAAUAUCAGAAGUUGAAAACAUUGCUUCAUUUUCAAGAUAAUGACUUAGCCAAUGAAAACAAGCACAAUCGCGGAUUCAGAAUUAGACCCCUCUUGAAAAUGAUAAAUGAAUCUUUUAAAAAAUUUGGAAUAUUUGAGGAAAAUUUGUCAAUUGACAAAUUGAUAGUCAAAUACUAUGGACGAAGUGGGCUGAAACAGUUUAUCCGAGUUACAUACCUGAAAUUGGGCACUGGAGGACCGAAUAUUGGGCGUCCAAUGGAAUACCCAUCAAGUCAGUUGAGAGUGAUUCCAGACAUCAGGUUUGAUGGAAUUGGUCAUAUGAUUGACAAAAGAAGCACGCAAAGAAGAUGA